CCUCUGCUUCUCUCUCCUCUCUCUCUCUAAACUUCUAGAGCCCCCUUCUCUCUCUCAGCCCCACCACCAUCCUCCAUGACACCAUGACCCAUCCUUUCCUCUUAUUCUACUCCUCCUAAUUCUUUUUUUCACAUUCUAAUAUAUUUGGAAAAUCUCUCUCUCUCUCUCUCUUUCUCUGAGCAAAGCGUAGAGAACCGAAGGAAAAAAAGAAAAAGAGAGAAUCUCAAAGACCCCCCAUAUACCGGAGCAGAUGGCUCGGAGAGAACGGGGGACCCUGGGGGACACCAAGCGGGAGACGGACGGCAACUUCCUGCGGUUCUCGUCCUCCGCCUCGAUGACCACCGCCGAUCUCCCCUCCCCCUUCGGCCAAUUGGGCUGCGCCGUCUCCGAUCCGGAGCUCCGCGACACCGCCUACGAGAUCUUCGUCGGCGCCUGCCGUUCCACCGGCAGCAAGCCCCUUACCUACAUUCCCCAGUCCGAGCGAACCCCGCCCUCCGCCGACCGCGCGCAGUCCUCGCCGGCGUCCUCGUCGCCACUCCAGCGCUCGCUCACCUCGACGGCGGCCAGCAAGAUGAAGAAGGCCCUGGGGAUCAAGUCCUCGAAGAAGAGCCCCGGCAAGGAGGUCAGCCCGGCCAAGGGCUCCAAGCGCCCGGUGACUGUCGGCGAGCUGAUGAGGAUCCAGAUGGGGAUCUCCGAGCAGGCGGACAGCCGGAUCCGUCGGGGGCUGCUCCGGGUUGCCGCGAGUCAGCUUGGGAGACGCAUGGAGUCCAUGGUUUUGCCAUUAGAGUUAUUGCAGCAGUUUAAGGUUUCAGACUUUGCUGAUCAACAAGAAUAUGAAGCCUGGCAGCUUAGAAACUUGAAGAUUCUUGAGGCUGGAUUACUUGUACACCCUUUUCGUCCAUUAGAAAAAUCAGAUGUUGCAGCACAGCGACUAAGACAGAUCAUACGUGGAGCUUCAGAGAGGCUGCUCGAAACAGGAAGAAAUUCAGAGUCAAUGCAGGUUCUACGCAGUGCUGUAAUGGCCCUUGCUUGCCGGACUUCUGAUGUAUCUAUCUCAGAUACAUGCCACUGGGCAGAUGGUUUUCCACUGAAUCUCCAUCUGUACCAAAUGCUGCUAGAAGCUUGUUUUGAUAACAGUGAGGAAGGAUCAAUAAUCGAUGAAAUCGAUGAGGUUCUAGAGUUGAUAAAGAAGACUUGGACUAUACUGGGGAUAAAUCAGAUGCAUCAUAAUCUCUGCUUUACCUGGGCUUUAUUUCACCGUUUUGUUACAACUGGCCAAGUAGACAUUGAUCUACUGUUUGCAGCUGAUACUCAGUUAGCUGAAGUUGCAAAGGAUGCCAAAGCAACAAAAGAUUCAGCUUAUUCUAAGAUAUUGAGCUCAACAUUGAGCUCAAUAAUGGGAUGGACAGAGAAGAGACUUCUUGCUUACCAUGAUACCUUUAAUCCUAGUAAUAUUGAAUCUAUGCAAAGUAUUGUUUCUUUAGGAGUAUCAGCUGCCAAGAUAUUAAUGGAAGAUAUUUCACAAGAGUAUCGUCGUAAGAGGAGAGAAGAAACUGAUGUAGCUCGCAGCAGGAUUGAUACCUAUAUUCGAUCCUCACUCCGUACUGCUUUUGCUCAGAGAAUGGAACAAGCAGACUCAAGCAGGCGAUCAUCAAAAAACCAGAUGGCUCCCACUCCAGUUCUUGCCAUCCUUGCAAAGGACAUUGGUGAUCUAGCAAGCAAGGAAAAAACACUAUUCAGUCCUAUAUUGAAGAAAUGGCAUCCUCUAGCUGCAGGUGUUGCUGUUGCUACCCUUCAUUCAUGUUACGGUAAUGAACUUAAGCAGUUUAUAUCUGGUGUCAUGGAACUGACACCAGACACAGUCCAAGUGCUUAAAGCUGCAGACAAAUUAGAGAAAGAUCUUGUACAUAUUGCUGUUGAAGAUUCCGUUGAUAGUGAUGAUGGUGGUAAGUCAUUAAUCCGUGAGAUGCCUCCUUAUGAGGCUGAAUCUGCGAUUGCCAAUCUUGUGAAAAUGUGGAUAAAGACAAGAGUAGACAGACUGAAGGAGUGGGGUGACCGGAACUUGCAGCAAGAGGUUUGGAACCCCAGGGCAAAUAGAGAGAAUUGUGCUCCUUCUGCAAUUGAAGUUCUAAGAAUAGUUGAUGAGACCUUAGAUGCCUUCUUUCAACUGCCUAUACCAAUGCACCCGGCCUUGCUUCCAGACUUGACGAUUGGACUUGACAGAACUCUGCAACAUUACAUUUCCAAGGCAAAGUCCGGCUGUGGAACACGAAAUACUUUUAUCCCUGCACUGCCAUCAUUAACCAGAUGUGAGGUUGGUUCAAAAUUGUGGAAGAAAAAAGAGAAAUCACACACCUUACAGAAAAGGAGAUCACAAGUUGGAUCAAUGAAUGGAGAUAAUUCUUUUGGUUUGCCACAGCUAUGCGUACGUAUGAAUACGCUUCAUCAUAUCCGAAAAGAGCUGGAUAAUCUGGAGAAGAAAAUAACAACUUGUUUAAGGAAUGUUGAAUCUGCCCAGGCAGAUGCAUCAAAUGGGUCAGGCAUCAAGUUUGAGAUUUCUCUAGCUGCUUGUCAAGAAGGGAUUCAGCAACUGUGUGAGGUAACGGCAUACAAGGUGAUCUUCCAUGAUCUAAGUCAUGUUCUGUGGGAUGGCUUAUAUGUUGGUGAGACUGCUGCUUCAAGAAUAGAUCCUUUACUGAAAGAACUUGACCCUACUCUGGAGAUGAUAUCGAGCACUGUGCAUGACAGAGUGCGAAAUCGUGUGAUAACUGCACUAAUGAAAGCUUCUUUUGAUGGGUUUUUGCUAGUGCUUCUUGCAGGUGGUCCAUCCCGUGCUUUCUCUUGCCAAGAUUCUCGGAUAAUAGAGGAGGAUUUCAGGUCUCUCAAAGACUUGUACUUGGCUGAUGGUGAUGGGUUGCCAGGGGAGUUGGUUGAGAAGGCUUCAACCCACGUGAGAAAUGUGCUACCUCUAUUCCGCACAAAUACAGAAAGCCUUAUCGAGCGGUUCAAAUGUAUGAUGGCAGAGACAUAUGGUUCAGCAGCCAAAUCCAGGUAUCCAUUACCACCUACUUCGGGGCAUUGGAGCCCGACUGAGGCCAAUACAAUUUUGCGUGUUUUGUGCUAUAGGAAUGAUGAAGCUGCCACAAGGUUUCUUAAGAAAACUUAUAACCUCCCCAAAAAGCUGUGACAUCUUGGAUUGGUCCAUAACAUCCGUGGCAGAUCAGUCAGUGAUGGUCUGGAAGACUUGCUUGUAGUCGCUCUCUAUAUCUAUGUUAUCAGCCUUGAUAAGAGAAUAUUCUCAAGCUCUGUGGUGGUUCUGAUUGCACCUUGUGUAGCAUAUUACAAAUAUUUAAAGCAGUUUAGCAGAAUUGCCUUCUCGGCUAAUGCUUGCAAUGCCACAUUGCUCUCAGGACUUUCUGAGGCAGGCUUCAUUCAGUGUAAUUUGACUUACCAAAUGAGCAUCAGUGUGGUUUGAGUAGAAAUGUCAGGUGGAAGGUGGAUGAGCAUCGUACCGUUCUUUGAUAGAAUCACAAUCUGAUGGAGGUUAAGAUGUUACACUUGCCACAUUUAGAAGCAUUCUUUUGUUUAGUUGGAGCUUUUCAGUUUCUCAUUAUAUUCUUCUGUUUCUAAUCUGGUCCUUCGCUGAAUAUUGUAUUCCUGUGAGAAGUUGAUCUAUUGUGAAGUAGUUACUUGAUAGCUCUUUUACUGCUUAUGCAUCGUAUGUCUAAUGUAUCGAGAGAUUUAUGGUUUGUAUUGGGUGUAAAUUUACUAUAUCCUCUUUUUUCAGUUUGUGCGA